AUUUGAACUUCCUCUCUGCCUUCGCUGAAAAACCAAAAUGGCUAAACGUACCAAGAAGGUCGGUAUCGUAGGCAAGUAUGGUACUCGUUAUGGUGCAUCCCUACGUAAGAUGGUCAAGAAAAUUGAAAUUUCACAGCACGGAAAGUACACAUGUGUAUUUUGUGGGAAAGAAGCCAUGAAAAGGAAGUGCGUUGGCAUUUGGCACUGCAAGUCCUGUAGGAGAACAGUAGCUGGUGGUGCUUGGAAUUACAGUACAACUGCAGCUGCUACAGUAAGGAGUGCCAUUAGACGUCUGAAGGAAAUCAAGGAAUUGUAAAUUAAUAUUACUGUUGGAUCGGCUUUAUCUUUAUUAUUUACCUGACCUCAAAGAACUAUAAACAACAUGUUUUGAAAGAACAGUGCCAUGACUAAUAAAUGUGAACAAACCACAAAACAGCGACUAA